AUGGCUGAACUGAGCAGAGAGACCCUGCCACCAACAGCAUCUGUCUCAUAUCACAAAUAUGAACAUAACGACACUGAAUGCCCAGAGUCUGAUGCCCCUGAAGUGACCUUUAGCAGCAUUGCUGUGAUCAUCAGUAUAUUGGGGCUGGUGGGGAACGGGAUCGUCCUCUGGUUCCUGGGCUUCCACAUGAAGAGGAACCCCUUCACCGUCUACGUCCUCAACCUGGCCGUCGCCGACACUGGCUUACUCCUCUCCUCGCUUGCCUAUCUUGCCGCUUACACGGUUGAAUAUCUGUUUUGUGACAAUGCAAAGUUUGAUGUCAUAUUAUCCCUGUUUGCAGUGCUGUGUGUGUGGACGUACAGCACCAGCCUGUAUCUCCUAACGGCCAUCAGCACGGAGAGGUGCGUGUCCGUCCUCUACCCCAUCUGGCACCGAUGCCACAGGCCAAGGCACCUGUCUGCCACCGUGUCUGCCCUGCUCUGGGCUCUCUCCUCCCUGCUCUGCUGUCCUGUGGCCAUUUCUUGUCUAGAUCUCAAGAGUGAAAAGCGUUUCACUUCUUUCCUGUACGUCUAUGCUCUGAAUGUCCUGAUAUUCUCCCCUGUCAUGGUUCUGUCCAGUCUGAUCCUCUUCAUCAAGGUGCAACGAAGCUCCCAGCGGCGCCCGCCCGGCAAACUCUAUGUUGUCAUCCUGCUCACCGUCCUCUUCUUCCUCCUCUUCACUAUCCCACCGAGCGUUGAGUUUUUCCUCACCUACCUGCACAUACCUGUGCCCUCUGAGAUAUUACAUGUGCUGGCCUGUGCAAGCAGCAGCAUCAACCCAGUCAUCUAUUUUCUAGUCGGGAGCUACAGGAAGCGGCGAUUCCGUGGGUCUCUCAAACUUGCACUCCAGAGGGUUUUUGAAGAGCAGGCAGAUUGUGGAGAAGACAGAAACGCCCCCAGCAGAAACCCAAUGGAGAUGGCUGUUUAA